AUGAGUCUCCCAUUCCCUCCUGGUCUCCCCAUCACAAAGGAGUCAUGGGACCGGCAGCCAUACCAGCAGCAGGUCCAGUGGUAUGCGCACCUUGGCAUGACUGUCAUCGAUCCUGCGCUCGUCGACAACAAUGUCAGGCACCGACACGACGAUAGCCAUCGUCGGACCCGCUAUCACCCCGAGCCUAACCCGUAUGUGCAACACGUAGCCCGAAUAGAGGCUCGCGUGAUGGCUCGUGCUGGCCGUCCAGGUCCAGACGUCGCCCUCACUCGACCUCGUGCUCAGACAGGGAGCGAUCUCAAUCGCCUCCUCGCCAUCGCCAACGUACGCAGACACAUAUUGUGCCCCGGGUGGUCCGUGUACGGUUGUACAUUGUAUGCGAAAGGGUGCGCACUGCGGGAGUACGAGAUCGCGAGAGGACGAAGGUGGGAGAAGGUUGAAGUCGACAAGGAGCGAGGCGGUCAGGUUGAUUGUAGUACAACGUUCGAAUACAACGUAGUGGUCGCGUUGAUCGAAGCAAAGAAUACCGCGUGUGGUUACAAGCCAGUACAAGCCUCGAGCCGGUCCGACUAG